UCAGCCUCCAGCCAUGGCGGACGCGCCGCCAGAAGUCCUCGAGCUGAACGUAGGCGGCGUGCACUAUGCCACUACACGCGACACGCUGUUGCGCGAGCCGGACUCGCUACCCGCUGCCGCGCUCCGCGAUCCGGAUCAUCCCCGCGACGCGCGCGGUCGCAUUUUCUUUGAUCGCGACGGCGUCCUCUUCCGCUACGUACUUGACUACCUUCGAGAUGGUGGCCUCGUCUUGCCGGAAUGCUUUCGCGAGCAUAAACGCCUGUCGCGUGAAGCCAAACACUAUAGGUUAGUGGGUCUGGAACAUGCAGUACGGGAAGCUGAUCCGCGACCGCCAAACCGGGAACGUGGCUGUAUAACCGUUGGCUAUCGCGGUAGCUUUGCCUUCGGCCGUGAUGGCCUUGCCGAUGUCAAAUUCCGCAAGCUGUCGCGUAUUUUGGUAUGUGGAAAAGUAACACUAUGCCGGGAUGUAUUCGGUGAGACACUGAAUGAAUCCCGUGAUCCAGAUCAUGGGCUUGCGGAUAGAUACACAUCACGAUUCUUCCUUAAACAUUCUUUCAUCGAACAAGCUUUCGACAUGUUGCAAGAGCAAGGAUUUAAACUAACAGCUAGCUGCGGAAGUGGAACGGCUGGCGGCGCGGCAGAACUGAAACCUGGUGUUGAUUCCGAGGAGAACCGCUGGAAUCAUUACAAUGAGUUUGUGUUCGUACGCGAGUAAUAUCUCUAUCUAUUGUGAUACUGGAUCCCCUAACAAUAUUUGGGGCACAAUGCUUCUGUGGAUCAGCCACAAAGAUUAUAUGAAACGUUUAAAAGUAUCCACAGGUAACCAGACUAUAUAUAUAUAAACCGUUAUUACUUCCACUUAAACUAAUGUAAUGUCAUCUUUACAUUUAUAAAAUAAAACUUCUUAAAUUAAUUUUGUACUGUUAACUAUAAAAUAUUCUCAACUGUUCUACAAUACAUUGGUCUUUCAAUAAAGUACAGACAAUUACUAUAUUUAAGUAUAUCGAUCUAGAAAUAUUACAAAUUGAAAAAAAAAUUAAAGACAUGUUUACAUAGGUAAUAGAUAUGUAGAUAAAGCGAACUUAAAUGUAUUCAUGUACCGAAUAAGUAGCUAAAUGUAAUAGAGUAAAUGUAUAAACAAUAAAUGUAGAAAUUAUCUAACGUUUAGAGCUAAUCUUGUGAACUGUAAUAGACCUAUUUCUGAUGUAUCCACUAUAUUUUUUAAAUAAUUUUAUCUUACAAUGUAUAAUAAAAUUGCGUGAUGUUUUCGAAUAAAAUUUCAAGUUUCUAUGAAACUUCAAAAACGCAUAGAUUCUUGAAGUAAUUUUCUCUAUUUUCCUUAAUUUU